ACACGGAUCUUUUAUUUGAUUGCCAAUCAGAAUUAUUUUUCGUUCAAUAAUUUUCUUCUCCCUACGUUCUUUUAACGUCCAUAAUCGUUUAUCUGAGUGCAGCAGUUUUGGGGAUUCCAUAUCGAUUUUCUAUUUUUUAAAUACGUAUUUGUAGAUGUAAACCGCAAUCAAAAAAAAAGUUUCAUACUAAAUCGAUUCCAAUUAUUUUAUUUUCUCUUUUGUGGUUGUGUCUGUUUUAAAAAUACACUCAUCGAUGCUGCUAUUUCUUCUUAAAGAUACAACAAUAAACCCGUUUUAUGAUCAAUUCUUUUAAAUUUAACUUAUUUCUCUCGAUGUCUCUUCUCGUUUCUUGUACACCUAUGCCUCUAUAUAGGUUUUAAGUAGCUUACGCGCAAUUUUUCUUUUCACAGCCGUUCUCUUUUUGUUGCCUCGAUCGCUAAUGUUGAUUAUGUUUUGCCUAUAUAUGUUUGUGCUCUUUUUUUAUUUAUAGUAAAUAUAUGAGAAAAAAAUCAAGUUUAUUUCUACGGUAGUCCGAACAAGAAUAACAGAAGAAAAAAAACAAAAGAUAAAAACCCAUAAAUCAAGAAAAUACAAAAUAAACAAAGGAACGGAUGGUUUAAAGUUCAAAUAAAGCUAAGGCAACAAGUAGCUAUCUGUUUGUUUGUUUGUCAAGGUAUGGUGCUAGUAGGUGUCUGAAAUAGCUCCUUUUAUAUAUAUGAAUAACUUUUGAAAAUUUCUCUUUAGCAAUGGAUUAGAAAGUAAAUAGCUGGACAUAUAAGCCACAAAUCUGUUGGCUUAGUCCAUCUCCAUUCAACAUACCAAAAAAAAAAGAAGAAAGUAAAUAGUUGAUAUCAUUAUCCAAAAACACUGAAGAACUUUCUUGAAUGCACCAGAACACUUAAAAUGUUAUAGGUUUUCAUGUUCAACAUAAGUAAUACAACAUAAUCCAACAUACAAGUAAUACAAAGUGAAGGCACUAAAACAUUUAUGUAAUUAACUAAGUGCUAAUUUUCAACGAACUCCUUUAUAUGAUGAAUUACAAACUGAAUACGCGGCAACUUCAAACGAAGAUGGAUAUAAUUUCAAAUUAUCAAAAUCAGACGUGAAUAAAUGAGAAAAGAGAAUACGUACUUUAAGUAGACGAAAAGGAAUUUUAUUUAAAUGCUCUGCUCAUAAAUUUUGUUUUAUUAAAUAUUUUCGAGAAUAGUGUUAGUUUAUAUUUAAGAAAAUUUUACAUAUGUUGCAGUACAAUUUAUGAAACACUAGAAAAAACAUACUCAAGAUUGUCUAAAAAGGCGCGAGCCGGACGACGUAUAGAAAAAUGUGUUCUCGGUAGUUGCCCACAAAUUUCCGUAACCAUAAUGUCCGCAGCCUGCUUGCAAAAAAGAAAAAAGUGUACUGAAGAAAGUAAGUGGCAUCGUCUUUAAAGAAUGGCAAAUAGAAGUAUUUCAAAACAAUUUUGAAAUUUAAGAAGACAAAUUGGCUGAAAGUUCGUUGGCAAAUACUCUUUUAAAAAUUUGUAGCAACUUGAUCUGCAAAAUACGAGUUAAAUAAAAAUUUUCAGGCUUACAAGAAAGUUGAACGAACAAAAAGAGACACUUGAACUUUGAUGGCCUGUGUAAGAACGCUUUAUAAAUGUGUUACAAUAAUAUUUGAAAUAUAAAGAAAAAGCUUAUAAAUAAAUCUGCUGAUGUACAAUGAGAUAUAGUAUGAGAAGAAAAAUAAUUUUUUCGUAACAAAGUUGUCUUUAUUAUUAUAAUUUACUUAUUAUUAAUCUCACAGUGUUGUAACGCGAGUGUUUCUUCUCUCCUCUUUUCCAACUUGUCCAUUUAAUUUCUAUAGAAAUUGCCGGCAAUUAAUUUUACUUUCUUAAAAACUUUUUUGUGUUGUUUUCUAUUGUAAGUAUUGUUUAAAAGAAAAUUUCUUUGCCUUUCUGUGCAUGCGCAAGUGAACGGAAGUUUUUAUAGCAAACAACUCGAGAUAAAGCAAAACAAGGAUAACCAAAUCUUGCCAUAGCAGAAAAACGUAGGACUCAUAUACGUAUAAAAUCACUUCAUGUGGCCAAUAAGAAUAAAAGCAAACGGUACUGUGGUACGUAAUAGCUGAUCGUCCGUAAUGACAACAUAAUGGCUCUUAAGAGUCGUCGAUGAAUAAGGCGAACUUAACCAUUUUGAUUUCUGAAACGCUUCCAAGAACUUAGAAUCGUGCACAAUAACUAACAACAAAAAAAUCCUUUAGCAACAAUGGGCUUUUCAACAGCUCUACAGGGUCGUGCUGCCCAUGAAGCUUUAGUUGUACGGCAGGAUGCUGAAUUGCGUCUAAUGGAAGUUAUGAAGCGUGCUUUACAGUUGAGGGUAAAAUGUGACAAGGAGUACGCAAUCAACUUAGCAAGUGUGGCACAACAGGGUUUAAAAAUUGAUCGGGCUGAUGAAAUGCAAGGCAGUCUCAUUACAAAAUCAUGGCGCUCCUAUAUGGAUGAACUGGAUCAUCAAUCCAAACAAUUUAAAACAAAUGCUGAAUUACUCGAAGUGGUGUGCGAAAAAUUGACGCAUCUGUCGCAAGAUAAACGUAAAGCACGUAAAACAUACCAAGAAGAACAUACAAAAAUUGCGGCUAGAUUAAAUCAUCUCACGGAUGAAGUUGUACGUAAAAAGGCCGAAUAUCAAAAGCAUCUCGAGGGUUACAAAGCAUUAAGGACGCGUUUCGAAGAGCAUUAUAUAAAAUCUGGGCGUGGUGGUCGUAAAUUGGAUGAUGUACGAGACAAAUAUCAAAAAGCCUGCCGUAAGUUACAUUUAACCCACAACGAAUACGUUCUCUCCAUUACCGAGGCCGUCGAAGUCGAAAAAGAUUUUCGUAAUAUUUUGCUGCCGGGAUUACUGGAACAUCAACAAUCAGUGCAAGAAAGCUUCAUAUUGUUAUGGAAGAAUAUUUUGCAAGAAGCCAGCCAACAUGGUGAUCUGACCAGCGAUAAAUUCAAAGAGAUACAAAAACGUAUUGAUAAUGUGAUAAGUAGUGUAAAUCCCAAUGAAGAGUAUCGAGAGUUCACUGAAAAGCAUAGAACAUCCCCGACAAGUCCAGUAGUAUUCCAGUUCGAUGAAGCACUUAUUGGAGAUAUACCUGGCAAGCUGCAGUCGAGUACUUUAGCGGUAGAUAAUCUAACUGUCGAUUGGUUGAGAACACGCCUCCUAGAUCUGGAGUUGUCUGUUAAGGAUUGUCAGGAAAAGCAAUUGAAAAUGAUUGAACACGUUGACGCAGGCGCGCCGGUUACAGCCAAUGGUAGCUUAAGCUCAAAUGGCACUAACGGAAUGCAAUCCAGUAAAGAAAGUCAACACCGCCAGUGCAAGGAUCUAAAUGCUUUGCGCUGUCAAGAAAAACAAAAGCAGAAAUUAGUGGAUAUGAUUAAGUUUGCUUUAAACGAAGUAGGCUGCGAAGAAUUACCCUCUGGUUGUGAUGAUCAUCUAACUUUAGAUCAAAAUUUUAUAGAAGAUAGCUUCAACAAUCAUCAACAGAAUUCUAAUUCAACAAGCGUAAGUAUAAUGAAUGAACUAAAACGACGUGGCGGUGUUUUAACAUUACUUAGAGGUCGACAUUUUAAACGUAAAUCUACACCCCAACCCACCACACCAAUGACGGCGUGCCGAACAAAACGUUUCAACACAAAGAUGAAACCACGCUCACAAAGUCUGGGAUCAUUGUCGGUAAUAUGUCCUAAUACUCCCUAUAGAUAUGAGCCCAUUUUUACUAACGUACCCCUGCGCAUGGCUGCCAGUGAUGAAGCGAAUAACAAUCAAGAUUUUCUGCAUGACCUAAGUGAACUCAAAGAGGAUAUGUAUUCUUUGAAAUUUGUGCCUUCUAAGCUAAGACGCAGUUUAAGUCAUGGCUCAGUUUGUGUUCAAGUUGACGUUGUUCGUGUUGUCGCUGAAAUGCGCGACGAUAAUAAUACUAACUCGCAUUCAAUGGCUAUGAAUAACAAUCACAUUUAUGCUGAAUUAGAUUUAAAAGAAGAAAGGGAGGUAAAUCAAGAAAAAUUAAAUGAAAUGAAACAACAUAUCAAUCCAACCUUAGAGAGGACUUCUACUGCCAAAAAAAAAGAAAAAGAACAAAUAAAAAAAAUAAAAGAAAAUAUGCCGAACCAAAAGAAAAUUAACGAGCAAAUUAAACAGAAAAGCUUUGAAGAAAAGUCGAAAACAUCAGCUAUAGUUUCAGAAGUUAUGCAAAACUCCAUAGAUGCUCAUUUGGAUAAAAUCGAUGCGCUCAAUCGGGCUUUGGACAAUCGUUUAAAAUGCGCUGCCUCACCUCAGCAAGAAACUGACUUGGACGCCAUAGAAUUUGCAGAAUUGCAAGAUGUGGUCGCCCGUUCGUCAAAUGACACUAAUCAAACAAGCAAUAAACGCGUUUCCACCUCGAAUUCGGAUAAAGAAAUUCGCAUUAGCGAUGCCGUCUCUUAUAAUGUAAUUGAUAAUAAAACUAAAAAACGAUCACUGUCAUUUUCGCAAAAGUCCAUAAAUGCAUUAUUAUGUAACAUUAAAGAAUUCUCUAAAAGUCCUUUAACUAAAAUACACAGAUCGCACGAUAGCAAAGAUAGUUUUCCCGGAAGUCCUGAAACGUCUUUCGCGAAUUUACAAAAGUCUCAUAACGAGAUUAAAUCAAAUACAGAAGUGGGAGAAGUUAACCCACAAAAACUUUCGACUACUUUACCUCCGCCGGAAAAUCACUCGGUUUUUUUAAACAAUGCCAUAGAACCACUUCACAAACAUUUGGAACACACCUGCAUAGUAAUGUCUAAUCCGUCCAAAAUUGACACAAAUUUAAUUACCUCAAAACUGAAAUUUAAAGUGCCGAAAAUACAAAAAAAAUCUAAAGCUCUAAGGCAAACAUUCCGCAGUAAAUUCUUGCAUUUCCAAUUAAAACGUGAUAAUCUAUGUCGGACAUGCACAAAAAAACGACGCAUAUAUCCCAGUAAGAGUGUUUUUGAUUUCGCUAAAGAAUUCAACUUAGACGGGAAAAGUGAAGAUAAUGAAGAAUUUUGUACAUGUCCUCGAUCUUAUCACAGUGUUCCAAAAAUUAUGCAAAACAAAACGGGCGUUGGUGAUGAUACCGUUGACGAUGACAAUAGUAGUGAUGACGUUUUAAGCAUUAAAGAUCAUUGCUAUUGUGUGCCAAGUUUAUCGACGAGUAUGUCUUUAACCACAAAUCGUCCUCUUUAUGAGGAAGAAUGGUUUCAUGGUGUUUUACCGCGUGAAGAAGUUGUGCGGCUUCUUAACAAUGAAGGUGAUUUUUUGGUUCGCGAAACUAUCAGAAACGAAGAAAGCCAAAUCGUUUUAAGUGUAUGUUGGAACGGCCAUAAGCAUUUUAUUGUUCAGACCACUGCAGAUGGUCAUUUUCGUUUUGAGGGUCCACCAUUCCCCAGUAUUCAAGAACUUAUCAUGCAUCAGUAUCAAUCAGAAUUGCCUGUUACCGUAAAAUCCGGGGCCAUAUUGCGAAGACCGAUUUGUCGUGAACGUUGGGAGCUAAGCAACGAUGACGUGGUUCUCUUAGAGAAAAUUGGCCGGGGUAAUUUCGGUGAUGUUUAUAAAGCUAAACUAAAAUCGUCCAGUUUAGAUGUAGCCGUUAAAACAUGUCGCAUGACUCUACCCGAUGAACAAAAACGGAAAUUCCUGCAAGAAGGUCGCAUUCUUAAGCAAUACGAUCAUCCUAAUAUUGUUAAAUUAAUCGGCAUAUGUGUGCAAAAACAACCUAUUAUGAUUGUCAUGGAAUUGGUACCGGGUGGCUCUCUAUUAAAUAAUUUAAGGAAAAAUUCGAAUCAUUUAACAAUACGACAGCAGAUGGGUAUGUGUCGUGAUGCGGCUGCGGGCAUGCGUUAUUUAGAAUCUAGAAACUGUAUACACCGUGACUUAGCGGCUCGCAAUUGCUUAGUGGAUUUUGAAAACUGUGUGAAAAUAUCGGAUUUUGGUAUGUCAAGAGAGGAAGAGGAGUAUAUAGUGUCUGACGGGAUGAAACAAAUUCCAGUUAAAUGGACGGCGCCGGAAGCCCUAAAUUUCGGCAAAUAUACUUCAUUAUGUGAUGUCUGGUCUUAUGGGAUAUUAAUGUGGGAGAUUUUUUCACGAGGUGAUACACCCUACUCAGGCAUGAGCAACUCAAGAGCUAGAGAACGAAUUGACGCAGGUUAUCGAAUGCCGGCACCCGAAAAUACUCCGCCCGAAAUGUACCGCUUAAUGUUAAAAUGUUGGUCAGCUGAACCAGAAUCUCGUCCACAUUUCGAUGAAAUUUUCAAUGUAGUCGAUGCACUGAUUUUACGUUUAGAUAAUAGUCAUUAAAUCCAUUUAAAAUACGACGACAACAGAAUCAUAUAUAUACUAACUAAAUUAACGAUUCAUGUAUUAUAUACGUGUAUAUUUAAGUCAAACCAAACGUUGAAUCAAACUGAACGUAACUGUAUUACAACGAAUAUGGAACACAAUAUUUUCUCGGCUGUCCAUUUGACACGUAUACAUGUACAUACAUGUUUAAUAUAUAAUGAUACACUAAAUAUUAUUAUUUAUAUAAAACGGUAAAAUAUUU